GAAGUUCAAGUUGUUUCGUCUGCAUUUGCACAUAGCAUUGUCCAAGCUUUUCGAACUUUUGAACAAGUAUGGGAAGAACUUGUCGUUGACAUAAGGGAGGGAGUCUUAUCGAGCCGUGUCACAGUCCCAUCUAUAAGAUUGGCCAUGUCGAAACUGCUGAAGCCUGAUCCAGAACUGGCUGAUACAAUUUAUAGCAAAUGCUCAAGUUUAAGCAAUUGGUAUGGCUUGAUUCCUAAACUCUUCCCGAAUACAAAGUACAUUUAUGGUAUCAUGACAGGUUCCAUGGAGCCUUACUUGAAGAAACUGAGGCACUAUGCAGGGGAAUUACCUCUAGUGAGUGCAGAUUAUGGUUCUUCUGAAGGAUGGGUUGGAGUAAAUGUUAACCCAAAAUCCCCCCCUGAGAUGGUUACUUAUGCAGUGUUACCAAAUACUGGCUAUUUUGAAUUCCUCCCACUCGAGGAAAAUCUCAUUGGCAUGGAGCAAGCAAAUUCUCCUGUCUGCCUGACUGAAGUUAAACUUGGUGAAGAGUAUGAAAUUGUCUUCACCAAUUUUGCAGGUUUAUAUCGUUAUAGACUGGGUGAUGUUGUGAAGAUAAAAAGAUUCCACAAUAGCACUCCAGAGCUCCAGUUCGUCUGUCGAAGGAACCUUGUGCUGAGCAUUAACAUAGACAAGAACACCGAGAAAGAUUUGCAACUAGCUGUGGAAGCUGCAGGCAAGCACUUAGUUGACGAAAAACUAGAAGUGGUGGACUUCACAAGCCAUGCCAACAUCUCAUCUGAUCCAGGACACUAUGUCAUCUUCUGGGAACUGAGUGGGGAAGCAACUGAUGAAAUAUUGCAAGAGUGCUGCAACUGUCUGGACAAAUCGUUCCUCGAUUCAAGCUAUGUGAACAACAGGAGAAUGAAUACAAUUGGGGCACUUGAACUGCGGAUUGUGAAGAGGGGAACCUUUAAUAAGAUAUUGGAUCAUUUCGUUGGAUUAGGAGGCGCGGUGAGCCAGUUUAAAACCCCUAGAUGUGUUGGUCCAAAAAAUAGCUCAUUGAUACAAAUACUGUCUACUAAUGUUGUUAAGAGCUAUUCUAGUACUGCUAUCUUUUAAAUUUAUGUAUGUAUCUUUCCAAAUUUGUAGUCCUGCAAGGAUUUCUUAUCUAAAUAGUGUAAUAUAUAUCUAUGUUUUUUUUGGACUAAUAUCUAUAUAUAGAGAGAAUUGACGGUGGAUACAAUCAUUGAGCAUAAUUAGUAGUGGUUUGGGAUUGCAUUUGUAUGCUGAUGAAUGCACAAUGAAGGUAGCUAGAACCUCCUUAGCCAAAGUUUUGAUUUAGCUUGAUAUAAAAAAAGAACUCCCAGUUUCAGUUAGAAUGGAGGAUCCAAAUGGAAGAGUGUUUGAUCUGAAGGUGAUUUAUGAAUUGAUACCUGUAUAUUGUCCAAAGUGUCUCCAGGUUGGACAUAAAUGCACAACUCACCUAAUGUACAAACCAAACCCAUUGUUCGUAAGGAUAAGCCACAAGCUUAAAAGUGUCAACCUAAACGGGAUGACCAGAAGUUGCCAAAUCUUGCUGAUCCUAUAGGGUUACAGUUGAAUGAGUGCCAAACGACCCCGGUAUAAUUGCACAUUCCAACAGUGAACUUAAGGCAGAGAGACAAGGGGAGCUGAUCAAAGAAAAGCAGGACGAUAAAUGGACGGAGGUAAGACGAAUAUCAGCAGCAAGAAGUGUGCAGAAACCUUUAUUAAUACCUGGUGUUAAUAGUCUGAAUGAUUUCAGCCAUAUUAAUUCUACAUUUGUUCAAUUUUUCUGUAAUGCAAAGAAUAGAAAGUCAAUUAUGUUACAAAGAAAUUA